CAAGUCUUUUAAGCAAGAAAUAUCAGGAUCCCGUUGACGCUGUGGUAUUUGCCAUAGGAAUACAAACGAUUCUCCGUCAAUUCCAUGUUUCCGUGAUGAAUCGUUACGUGAAAUAUCUUUGCAUGUACGUCCUGUCGUUUGUCACCGUGGAGAGUAUGAAAACAGGUGGUGAUACAGAAACCGAAGGAGCUACGAAUCUUCAUUUCUUGGAGCUUUUCGUGAAGUACUCGGGCAUUCCACGUUCUCUUAUUCUCAAGGAAAUACCUGUUGUCGUUUUAGAUCAUUCUCUCGUGAAAAUGACAAAAUAACGCUGCAUCCAAAAUUCAUGAAAUAGCAUUACAUAUAAUGCAUUAUAUAUUGUAAAUAUAAUUAUUAUUAUAUAUAUUAUUAUAUAUAUAUUCCUACAUUAUGAAGUUAUAUAUUUUGUGUAAAUAAAAGAAGAUAAAAGGAA